AUGCCUAUAGCGGAAGAGCCUAUUCCCUGUGAAGAGGUCCAAUUGUAUCUUGAGCGUCCGGAGACUCUCACUCACAUAGCUGGAGAUCUACCUCCUGAGCUAAAAGAAGAGUUAAUCCGGUGUUUGAUCCGCAAUAGGGAUGUUUUCGCCUGGUCCACUGUAGAAUUACUAGGAGUCAAACCUGAAGUAGCGGAGUACAAGCUACAUCUCUUGCCUGACGCCUGGCUGGUCAAGCAGAAGAAGAGAAACUUCUUGGCCGAUCAGAAUAAAAUUAUUCGAACUGAAGUGGACCAGCUCAGGAAAGCGGGUCACGUUAGGGAAGUACAAUUCCCGUCCUGGCUCUCUAACGUGGUCCUGGUGGCUAAACUCAAUAACAAGUGGAGGGUCUGCAUAGACUUCCGGGAUCUCAAUCGGGGGUACCAUCAAAUCCCCUUGGCUGUGAAAGAUCAAGAGAAUGUUAGUUUCAUUACAGCAGAUGGUACAUUUUGCUACACUAUCAUGCCUUUUGGGCUCAGGAAUGCUGGAGCUACUUAUCAAAGGAUGAUAGACAAAAUCUUCCGGGAGCAGGCCGGACGUAAUGUGGAAGUCUAUGUGGACGACAUACUCAUCAAAUCUCGUUCAGCCGCAAAUCUGAUAGCUGAUGUGGAGGAGACUUGCGACACCCUAUUAGCUGACAAAGCGGCGCCCUUCUUCAAAGUGCUCAAAAAAGCCUCUAAAUUCCAGUGGGAUGAAGAGUGCACGCGAGCUUUUGAGGAGUUAAAGAAGUAUUUGGAGACCCUACCUUCCUUAUUUAAGCCUAUUACAGGAGAGCCGUUAUGGGUCUACCUGUCAGCCACCUAUGAGGCCAUGGGGGCGGUGUUAGUGAAAGAGCAGGACAAUGCCACACAUCAAGGAAGUGGUGUCGGAGUCCUUCUGAUAUCACCUCAGGAAGAUAUCUUGCAGCUAGCCGUGUGGUUGAACUUCAGAGCCACUAAUAAUGAAGCAGAGUAUGAAGCUCUAUUGGCAGGUCUGCAAGCAGUCCCGCAUGUAGGAGCCGCCCAAGUGAUUGUAUACUCGGAUUCCCAAUUGGUAACACAACAAGUGGCGGACCAUUUUGAGGUCAAUAGUGACAAGGUGCAAGUAUACCGGGAAGCUUAUGAGAAAAUGAAAGAAGAAUUUAAGAAGGUCACGGUGAGCAAAAUUCCCAGAACAGAGAAUGGCCGAGCUGACGAGUUAGCCAAAAUGGCCAGCUCUCUGACAACAUGGGUACUGGACAGGUCAAUAGCACAGACCUUCCUCAUAGCUCAAAUAGAUCUUCAGAAUAACAGGGACGAGCUUAUUGACUGGAGGGCCCCAAUGAUUAGUUAUCUGCAGCAAGGCAUACUACCAACCGAUCUGGAGGAAGCACAGCUGGUCAGGAAAAAGGCCCAUGCUUAUACAAUGAUAGGAGAUCAGUUAUAUAAACGAGCAUUUUUCAGGCCUUUACUUAAGUGUUUAAGCAUGGAAGAGGCAGAGCAUGCUUUGCGAGAGCUACAUCAGGGGUGUUGUGGCAGUCAUGCGGGGGGUCGAACAUUAGCUCGCAAGGUGUUGCUGGCCGGUUAUUUCUGGCCCACAUUACAAAAGGAUGCUAAGCAGUUGUUGUCGUAUGGCCCCUGCCGCACUAUACGCUAUGGAGGUCAUGAGGCGAUCCUCAACCUGGAUCCCAAACUCCUGGGAAUGGAGAGCUGA